UUCUGUAAAUUCCCCCCAAACCCUCACCCCCACUCGCUCGAUCCCCUCUUUGCUCCACCCGUCGGCGGCGCCACCCCCACCUCCGAUCCGGCGCCGCCACCCCCAUCUUCUCCCAGAUCCGGCGCCGCCGCGCCCUCUCCUCUCCUCCUUCUCCCAGAUCCGGAGCAGCAGAGGUCGCCGGAGGAGCAGCAGCAGCGACGUCUCGAGAAUGGAUGGAACAGUGCAUGCUCCAAGCGGCGCCGAGCCACGUGUUGCUGCCCACCCUAGCGUGAACGGCAACGGCACUGCCAGGCACUUGCAUGAUGAAUGGCUGGAAGAGUAUGAAGCAGGUGUUUUCAUGAAGCUGAAGGAUCUCGGCGACGGGACCCGGGAAUUGACAAGGGUUCGGUUCAGCAAAAGGCGGUUUGGGGAGCAUCAGGCUGAGAAUUGGUGGAAAGAGAACCGCGAGAAAGUUUAUGACCGAUAUAAUAUAAGGACCUCCCAACGAGCGUCGUCAGCAGCUCUAACCCACUCGGCCUAAUAACGUACCUUCCUGUUUCUUCACGCACAAACUGCAAGGCCAGCCAUCAAUGAGCAGCAGCAAAUCGUGAACGAAACUAAGGGUUAUGUCAUAUGUGUACUGGGGUGUAGACCCGCCAUAUGUGAUCUUUAUCGUCUCUUGAUACUGUGAUAUUGAGACUGGUAAGUAAGGUUCGGUUGGUGCUUAAUCACUAUAGGCCGUAGCAUGGGUCCUAUCCUAGUGUAAUGUACAUAAUGUAGUAGAACUGAACCCAUUAGUUGUGAGGUUUAUGUAGUCUAUUUAACUGGUCAAUUGGUCUUGUCAAAACCCAGCCCAUUGAUAAUCUUGUUAUGUGAAGCAAAAAGUACAUCUAUUGUCUUAAGCAGAGCCUAGUGGUGGAACCUGUCCACCCGGCAGAGCUUGACAUGGGUAGGCUAUUUGUCCAGCUGUAGAUUACGUACCUGUUGACUGAGGUGCAUGUGUGCAUGUGGUGACUUUGUCAAUCUCAUGAUCAUGUAUGAAUGUGGUGAUUUUCCGAA